GCCGCCGGCGGGUUCGUGCCCGCGCGCCGCCGUCUCCGCCGUCGUCUCCGUCUCCGCCGCCGCCGUCUCCGCAGUGAGGUCACGGUGGGCGGUGCGUGCGCGGCGCCCGUUCCGAUCCCGGGGCGCCGGAGCCCCCGCGGCGCCGAGAGAGGAGAGCCGGGGGCUCUGCGCGGAUUGACGGCGCGACGCAGCGGGGGGAAUCCGGCCCUCGGCCUCGGUCCUACCGCCCGUGAGUCGGGGUGGGAGAACUGUGACACGCGGCGCUGACAUCUGUGCCAAAGGUGACUGCCGGCGCUCCGCUCGGGUUUGUCUGCGAGCUGCCGGCGCUCCGCGGGCGGCGGCGGCGACGUCGCGAAGUUGGCAGCACAAUAAAGCAGGCCCCAGAGAUUCGGGCUCCAUCCCCAGGAACUGAAAGUGCCGAGCGGAAUUUCCGCGUGGCUCCAGGUACGUUUGGGAUCGGACGGAGCUGCGGGCGCUUCUGUAUUUUGAUAUCGAAGUACAGACCGACUUCUACGGCCGUCUGUUUUUGGAAGAAAAAAGUGGCCGCGAAUGGACGCUGCUCUGCACCUCGUCUGUUCCUGAAGCGCUGCUGUGCGACGGCGGGCAGCACACGAAGGGAAUCCGUGUGUACAAAUCACGGUGGCUCUGUAUAAGGGGCAGUUGAACAAAUGGUUCUAGAACUAGAAGGGAAAAACUGUUUGACCUCUGCAGACUUGAUUUCUUUAGUGUUGUACUCAAAAUGAGUUGCAGGUUUUGCUGUUGGAGGCCGAAGGAUUAAGUGGAGUGCGGAGCAGGGUGUGCCUGCGGUAGUCGAGAUCGCUUCAAAUCGUUUUUUGUCGAAGCCAGCAGGAAAAUGUGCACUCGAGACUGUAAUUAACUCAAGUUCUGGUGUUCAGCGAUGGAAAGCCCGCAAACAAAUUUCCCUCUAGGGCUUGUUUCAGAGCAAAAGAGGAGUGGGAUCCAGGAGGAUGGGAGCCCCCCACUGAAAAAACUAAUGACAGAAAUGCACGUCAAUAGCCAAGUACGAGUUGUGAUAAAUAAACUGCCAACAAUCAAGAAGGAAAACUUGGACGAAUAUGACGAAACUUCUGUGGAGGCUGACGGGGAGAGUGCCAAGCCAAACAGUUCUUCAAUCUCUGAGCCUUUGAAUUUAAAUCCAGGUCUGAAACACACGUUGGCACAAUUCCACUUGAGCAGCCAGAGCUCGCUGGGUGGACCGGCAGCUUUCUCAGCUCGCUAUUCCCAGGAAAGCAUGUCACCCACCGUCUUCUUGCCUCUUCCAUCACCACAGAUCCUGUCUGCUCCGCUGCUCAUUCCUCCCGACAGCUCCACAGAGCUCACUCAGACUGUACUGGAGGGGGAAUCCAUCUCUUGCUUUAAAGUUGGAGGAGAAAAAAGACUCUGCCUGCCUCAGGUGUUGAAUUCAGUUCUUCGAGACUUUUCUUUGCAACAGAUUAAUACAGUGUGUGAUGAACUGUACAUAUACUGUUCCAGGUGCACUUCUGACCAACUUCAUAUUCUGAAGGUCUUGGGAAUUCUUCCAUUUAAUGCUCCGUCCUGCGGGCUUAUUACACUGACUGAUGCUCAGAGACUAUGCAAUGCUUUACUACGUCCUCGCACUUUUCCUCAAAAUGGCAGCUUUCUCCCUGGUAAGAACACAUUGGCCCAACUGAAGGAGACUGGCAGUGCCUUUGAAGUAGAGCACGAAUGCCUGGGCAAGUGCCAGGGUUUGUUUGCACCUCAGUUCUACCUUGCACCGGACGACCCCUGUAUCCAGUGUCUGGAGUGCUAUGGGAUGUUCUCACCCCAGACCUUCGUGAUGCAUUCGCAUCGAUCCCCCGACAAGAGGACCUGCCACUGGGGCUUUGAGUCAGCCAAGUGGCACUGCUACCUUCAUAUUAACCAAAAAUACCUGGGAACGUCGGAGGAGCGGGAGCUGAAGCAUCUCUUGGAGGAGAUGAAGGAGAAAUUUAGUGAGAAAAAUCAGAAAAGAACUCGAUCAAAAGUGGAUUCUCAGCAGAGCCUGGAAUUAUCACAGUGGUAUCCUGUGAUAAAGCAGGAAGCAGAACCUGAUCCUCAGCCACCCUCCUUCUUCCAUCCCAGUUACUACCUUUACAUGUGUGAUAAAGUGGUUGCCCCAAAUGUAUCUCUUGCAUCACAAUACAAGGAUGUUACAAAAACAACAGUCAAAGCUUCUGAGGUAAUCAAGUCUUCAUCUGGAAUGUCAGAGAAAAAGCUCAGUAGUGGAAAGCACAAAAUACCUGCCUCCUAUCCAGAGCUUUCUCUUGAGGAACAGGAGAAAAUUGACUUGAAAGCUGGUCUGGAGCAGCAUAAGCGUUUAGAUCCCCUAGUGUCAGCUCAUUCUGCAAGAGGUGGAAAAUCCGAACGUAUUUCUUCCAAAAGCAUGAGAGGCUCCAGAUGUGUUGAAGUCGGUAAUGAUGGGAGAACGUUGUCCCCCACUCUCAUGAAAGACAUCAGUUGUGAGGACGACAAGGGAAGGAUCAUGGAAGAAGUAAUGAAAACCUACAUCAAACAGCAAGAAAAACUAAAUACUAUUUUGCGGAGGAAGCAGCAGCUUCAAAUGGAAGUGGAAAUGUUAAACAACUCUAAAGCUAUGAAGGAACUAAGUGAAGAGCAACAGAAUUUGCAAAAAGAACUUGAAUCUUUGCAAACUGAGCAUGCUCAAAGAAUGGAAGAGUUUUAUUUUGAGCAGAGAGACUUGGAGAAGAAAUUGGACCAAAUGAUGAAGCAGAAGUGUACCUGUGACUCCAGAUCAGAGAAAGAUAAGGAAGCAGAAUAUGCAGCACAGCUAGCAGAACUGAGACAGAGACUGGAUCACGCAGAGGCAGAUAGACAGGAGCUUCAAGAUGAACUGAGACAAGAACGAGAGGCAAGGGAGAAGCUAGAGAUGAUGAUCAAAGAAUUGAAGCUACAGAUCUUGAAAUCUUCAAAAAAUGGAAGUGGAAAAUAGAAAUUGGAAAACAAGCAUGACUGUGUCCUUCAAACAGGGUGUUUCAUUUUUUAAUGAAUUGUAAGCAGUUUCUGUGCGAUAAGAAGUAUUCUCUACAGAUUUCUAUUUGCCAUACAAGUGCAGAUGAAGAUAUACAUAUAUAUGAAUAAAUAGAUAGGUACACAUUUUUAGAUUCUCCUAACCAAUGGAAAUCUGCAUUUAUUUGUACUGGUGUUUCUCAAACUAUGAAAAAAUAAGAAACUUCUGAUUUAGAGUGACCAGUUUCUGUUUAUUUCUAAUGCAGCCCUUGAGGACCCUAUACCUUUUAACAUUAUCUGUUAAAACAGAUUUGAUGAUCUUUAUUUUAUUAUCAAUUUCACAUUUGGUUAUAAAAGUAUUUAAAAAAAAAAAUAUCUUAAUUUCUUCAAGGCCAAAAAUAGUUCAGUUUCCAGUGAGAAUUUUGUGUUCCUGAACUGGGGAAAGUGUAAAGGCAGCUGUAGGGUAAUUCUCAAAAUCACCAUGCCAGUAGAUGGAUGAUUAUCAGAAGUGAUUUACCAGCACCAUAAUUCUGUUACGUGAAGUCAGGCUGACCUUUUCAGCGUGUGCUAUUUGACAACUCAGUAAGUGAUUUUAGAGCAGGUGUUUGGUCACCGUGCUGGAAGAACAAAAACAUUAGGAGUGUUUUUUUUGUCGUUGUUUUAAAUUCAGAAAAAAUUACAUUCAAAAAUGGAAUACUCUAAAACUAAAAAUUCUCAGUUUUUAUUUCCUUCUAUAUAGCAGUUAAAGGAAACUGUUUACCAGGGCUGGUAGCUACAGGACAGGGGGCAGUGGAAGGUGUCCCUGCCAUGGCACAGAGCUUGCAGCUAGAUGAUCUUUGACUGUCCUUCCAGCACAGACGUGUAGGAUUCCUUGGCUUGCCUGGUUUUUGGAUACUAAUGCUUCCAAGAAAAGUAACAUUUAUUAAAAGAAAAAAAAAUAUUACUGGUUUAUUUAGUAUCUGAAGCCUCUACACUUCAAGCUUCCUGUUAACUUGUGAAUUUUUCUUUCUAUACAUAGAACAGGCCUUAACUGACAUUGUGGUAAUUGCUUAGAAAAAUAGAAUUCUAAGAUAUGGCACUUUGAAAAUCAGUUUGAUCGUUUCUACAUUUGAAUGGCAUGGUAAUGUUGCCAUGAAUUAAGAAAUACAGCAUGUUUGUUGAGCUCUGACAUUUAGAAAUGUGUCAAUGUACAGACUUUCCACUUUAUGUAUAUAUAGCAUUUACUCAAGUACUUCAGAAGUCCGAUUCCUGGUGGAUUCAGUGCAUGACUACAGAUUUGGAUGGAGAAGUACUCCUGUGCACUUCUUUCCAAAAAGUUUGACAUGGCUGACAGAUGUUGGCUGAUUGUGACUAGAAUUAUCUUAGUAGUUCUGUUAUUUCACUACAUUGUUUUAACCUGUGCUUACGUUUGUUGUUUGUUUUUUUAAGGUGCUUAGGUUUAUUACUCUCUUAAAGAAGUUGAUUAAUUCUGGAUAAAACCACUAGGAAAAUCCACUGGCAUCAGUUUUUAUUCUGAACUAGUAAAAAUGAAAGCUGAGUUCUUUCUUAGCUCUCUUUUACAGAAAUAGAAAAUGGCACAAAUCUUUAAGCUGAGUGAGAAAGGAGGUGAUACAUGUUGUUUUGUGGAGUCAUAGAAUGAUUCUUUCAUAGCAGUGCAUAAUUUUCUUUACAGACCCCGUGUCAUAUUUACACUGAUAUUAGGGCAGAUUAGAUGAAGAAAAAUGAAACUUAUUUGGCAAUGUUGAUCAGAAAAGAGGAUCCAGAUGAUGUUUUUCACCUCUUCUUCAACUCCAUUUCCAAAUUAUUGCUUAAAAACAAAAAAGAAAGAAAAAAAAAA